AUGUCGGCUAUAAUUCAACCCACAUCGUUGCUAUUCGACAAUUCACCUGAACCGGUAGCAAGCUUAAAUGAGUUUGCUCUAGACGAGGCUCUCGACGCAUUAGAUCCCUUACGACAUCUCAGGACAGACGCCAGCGACUCUACUCGAGAUACCGUUGUCGUACCUUCACAGCCGCGAUCUAUCCUCGAUGAGACGAUCAGAUUGACUUUUCCUGCGGACUCCCCGCUUGUGUCGAUAUCACUCAAGGUUGAUGCAUCUCAUGGUUGUGGUGGCAUUGCUUGGCCAGCUGGUGAGGUCCUAUCAAAUUACAUCGCAUUUCGGGGCAUUGGGUAUCUUCAAGGCAAGAAGAUUGUCGAACUCGGUAGUGGAACGGGACUGGUUGGUCUUGUAGCAGGCGCACUCGGUGGUACAGUCUGGAUCACCGAUCAAGCCCCGUUAUUGGGUAUUAUGCAACAAAAUGUGACGUUGAAUGGUUUGCAGUCCUGUGUCUCCGUUCGUGAACUCAAUUGGGGAGAGACGCUGUCCUCGGACAUACCUCCUCCUGAACUGAUCCUCGCAGCAGACUGUGUUUACUUUGAGCCUGCUUUCCCUCUUUUGGUCCAGACCUUAUCAGAGAUGGCCAUCGGUGGUAGUACAGAAAUUUUGUUUUGUUACAAAAAGAGACGCAAGGCAGACAAACGGUUCUUCACAAUGUUGAAGAAGAAAUUCAGUUGGGAAGAGGCAUACGACCCAAAUCGCGAAGUUUACAAUCGUGAAGCCAUCUCGCUUCUAACUCUUACAAAGCGGCCGUGA